AUGAUUGUUUUGAGUAAUGUGGUUAUACCGACGGAUAAUGUUCGUUUAACUGAAAGUCAAGUGUCUGUAUAUUUUGAUGAUCAUUGUGCUGGGGAAGGCGAACUUAUAAUUUCUGAAGGUUCGGUGACAUGGGUCUCCUCAGAUACUCGACAAGGUUUUAGUUUGACGUACCCGUCAAUAGUGCUCCAUGCUAUAUCCCGUGACUCUGCUUUAUUUCCAGAAGAAUGUCUUUAUGUCUUAACUAAUGUUGGCGAAUCAGAGGUGCGAAACAAUCAUGAAACUGGCAAUUUGGAGCAAGGUGAUACAAAUAACAGGACAGAAGUAGAAGAUCGUCGAACGGAAGGUCAUUGUAAUGGAGUUGAACAUGAUGAUGAUGAUGAGGUCGAAGAGGAUAGUAAUGAAGAGAAGCAUUUAGCAAUACGAUUUGUUCCUCGCAACAAAACCCUGCUGCAAAAUAUAUACCAGCAGAUGUGUGAAUGCCAAGAAUUGAAUCCUGAUGAAGCUGAUGAUUUUUCUGAUGACUUUUCUGCGGAUGGCAGUGAUGUUAUAGAUGAGCUAGGAGAGAACGAUGAAAACAUAUGGACUAGAGGAAAUGGUAGAGGGAAUGUUCAUCAUGUCGAGAGCGCAAACCGUUUUUCAGCUAGUGGUGAUCGGAGAGUUGAUUCCGACAAUGAAGAAAUGGAAUUAGGCUAA